AGCAAAUUUGCUAAGUGUUUCCCGAGCACAACAAUGUGGCGGACAUUGAAGCAUUUCCUCCUCUUUGCACUGCAGCUUGGUGGUUUUGCUCUCAAUCUCAUGCUCCUUGUUCAUUGCCAAGAUGAUCAAUCAGGUUUCAUUAGCAUUGAUUGCGGCCUAGGAAAAAAUUCUAGAUAUAUUGAAAAGACAACAGGCAUUCACUAUAUUUCAGAUGAAAGCUUCAUCGACGCCAAUGAAAGUAGGGUUGUUAUAUUGAAUGAUCAACGAGAUAAGAUGCAGCCGUACUGGUCUCUUAGGGCUUUUCCAAAAGGAACUCGGAACUGCUACAAAAUAAAUGUUACAAGGGGAACCAAAUAUUUGAUCCGAGCAAGUUUCUUAUAUGGGAAUUAUGACGACCAGUAUAGAUUGCCAGAAUUCCAACUACAUCUUGGGCCUAAUUUGUGGGAUUCAGUGAAGUUGGAGAAUGUCUCCACCGUCACAAACAAAGAGCUCAUACACGUCCCUCCGCGAAACUAUAUCCACGUUUGUUUGGUGAACACAAACAAAGGGGUUCCAUUUGUAUCAGCAAUAGAGCUAAGGACUUUGCAUAAUACAACUUAUGAAGCACAUGCAGGGUCCUUGGCACUUGAUUCGCGAUAUGACACUGGUCAAGUAUCAAAGCGAGUGUAUAGGUAUCCAGAUGAUAUAUAUGAUCGCUUCUGGUAUGGCUAUGACCGCGAUGAGUGGACACAAUUAAACACCUCGUCCGCCAUUGACUCUAGAGAUAACAAUGAUUACGAAACACCAUCUGUCGUGAUGACAACUGCUGCCACGCCAAAAAAUGUAAAUGAUUCCUUGAAUAUUUUCUGGCUGCCUUCUGAUAACAGUGCAAAAUAUCAUGUUUACAUGCACUUUUCAGAACUUCAAAAGCUCCAAGUCAACCAGUCUAGACAGUUGACAAUUACUUGGAACGGAGAACUCUUUUAUGGCCCAUUUGCUCCUAAAUACUUGUUUGUAAAUUCUAUUUAUGGCUUGACGGAUUGGAGUAGAGGGCAAUUUAUUACUCUUUCAAUCUCUGAGGUUGGGAACUCUACCCUCCCACCCAUCCUCAAUGCUUUUGAGAUCUACAUGGUCAAAGACUUCUCAGAAUCUCUUCUUGAGACGAAUGCAAUCACAAACAUCAAGUCAGCACAUAACAUCAAAAGGAAUUGGCAAGGAGAUCCCUGCAGCCCUCAAGUUUACUCAUGGGAAGGUCUAAAUUGUACUUAUUAUGAAAAUGCCCAGCAGCCAAGAAUAACAUCCUUGAACUUGUCCUCAAGUGGAUUAACAGGGGAGAUAUCUCCUAGUAUAUCCAAUCUCACCAUGAUACAAACUUUGGAUUUAUCGAACAACAAAUUAACGGGAUCAAUUCCAGAAUUUCUGUCUCACCUGCCAAAGUUAGCCGUCUUAAAGUUGGACAAAAACAAUUUCACAGGUUCUGUUCCGAAAGGACUCAUUCAAAGAAGGAAGGAUGGUUUUCUAUCAUUCAGCUGUCUUAUGGGCGAGAUGAUGAAGAAUUUCAACAAAAAUGAAUUUUUGGAGUCACAAGGUCAACGGUUUACAUACUCAGAGAUUGUGAAGAUUACCAAUAAUUUUGCAUCAAUAAUCGGAAGAGGCGGCUUUGGAAAAGUCUACCUUGGCACUCUGAAAAAUGAGAUUCAGGUUGCUGUCAAGUUACUCGGUUCAUCAAGGCAAGGCUCAAAAGAAUUUCAAAAUGAGGUUGUACUAUUAAUGAGCGCUCACCAUAGAAACUUGGUUUCUCUCAUUGGUUACUGCGGUGAAGGUGACACUAUGGCCCUUGUUUAUGACUAUAUGGCCAAUGGAAACUUGGAACAACAUAUUUCAUCUGAUGUGGGUAAAAACGUUUUGACUUGGAAAGAGAGGCUUCAAAUUGCAGUAGAUGCUGCGCGAGGAUUGGAAUAUCUACACAAUGGUUGCAAACCACCAAUUGUGCAUAGAGAUCUAAAGACAUCCAAUAUCUUAUUGAAUGAAAAGUUGCAAGCCAAGAUAGCUGAUUUUGGUCUUUCUAAAGGCCUUGCAACUGAAAGUGUCACUCAUGUAUCAACAGCCGCCAAAGGAACAUUUGGAUACCUGGAUCCUGAAUAUUGCAGCACCGGACAUCUUAACAAAAAGAGUGACAUAUACAGCUUUGGGAUUGUGUUGCUAGAGCUCAUAACAGGUAGAGCAGCAAUAAUAAGAGAUUUAGAACAAUUGCCUAUUCACAUAUGUCAAUGGGUGAGGCCUAAAUUUGAGAGGAUGGAAAUCGAAAGCAUUGUGGAUUCAAGAAUACAAGGAACCUACCUCCAUUCUUCUGCUCAAAAAGCCAUAGAAAUUGCCAUGGCAUGUGUGUCUUCAACAGCAAUCCAAAGGCCCGAUAUAACUGUUGUGUUUAAUGAUUUGAAAGAGUGUUUGGAAAUUGAGAUGCCUUCUGAAAUAACAAAGAUUACAGAAGCUUAUGAGAGCGAUGAGAGUGAUGAUACAAUCAGUUCAAGCGGCUCAAUUAUAAAGACCUCCCACAUCAGGUUUGAAAGUAACACUACUAGGUGGUAA